AAGGAAACAAAAAUAAACUUGAAUAAAUUGUCAGUAGCUGUUCUGGAGCCUUUGAGCACAGGAGAACAAAGCUAGCAUGGAUAAUCCUGAACUGAGGGGCUAAAAUGAAAUCUAAAACAGCUGUACAGUGAAAACAUCAUCUGCUGGUAACAUCCUUUGUUAUGAAGGAAAGCAUCUGAUAAGUAAAUGGACUUUGUGGUGAGGCUAUCUUCCUCUUCUGCCUUCUACACAUCUGUGGCCCAGUGGGUGUGGAGGCCACCCGCCGACCUGCCAGACCAGGCUCCGUCCCUGCUGGAGCUGAUCGCCGGGGUGAUAGGCAACCUCCUGCUUUUUGACUUGCAGUACUUCAUUUGGCACCUGCUCCAUCACAGGAUUCGCUGGCUGUAUGUCACCUUCCACGCAAUCCAUCACAAUUACUCGUCUCCCUUUGCUCUUGCGACUCAGUGUCUUGGUGGCUGGGAGCUGGUUACAGUGGGCUUCUGGACCACCCUGAAUCCUGUGAUCCUGAGAUGUCACCUGUUCACUACAUGGGCCUUCAUGGUGUUGCAUGUAUACGUUUCUAUAGAAGAUCACUGCGGCUAUGAUUUCCCCUGGUCCACAUCUCGUCUGAUACCAUUUGGCAUCUACGGAGGGCCCAGCAAACAUGACGUGCACCAUCAGAAACCCAAUACAAACUUUGCACCGCACUUCAGUCACUGGGACAAAAUAUUUGGCACACAUGCUGAUUUCAGCUUCUCUUCAGCUACGAAGUAAACUAUUGCAAGCAGUGAGACGUGUGUUUUUGUGCUUCUUUUUCAAAUCAUGUGCCUGUAAAACAUUUUUGCACACAAAUAGAGCAAAAUUACUGUCAGUACUGUGCUGAUAGUUUAAUGUGUCUUUAGUGACAGUUGCCAAUUCAAUUAAAA